GCAGACGUCUAAAACAUGGCCACUCGAAGCUCGCCGAAAACUUGAACCAAAACUCCUUUUGUCUUCACCGAUUAAAGUGUUCACUUCUUUAUAUAUAGCUGUGUAAGUUCUUCCAACAAUAGUGUGUUGACAUGGGAAGUGCCACAAGGGACAACAGGCUCACAUACCUGCAGACAUUCUCAUGCACAACCAUAGCGGGCGUGACCAGCCGAACCCUCACGGCGCCCCUCGAUGUGGUGAAAAUCCUCUCGCAAGUCGGAGUUCAGGAAACCCAGCAAGGUCUCUUCAAGACCUUUGUGAACUUAUACAAGACCCAGGGUUUGAGAGCAUUCUGGAAGGGGAACGUUCUAGGAUGUCUUCGACUUUCACCGUUCAGCACGAUACAGUAUUCUGCGUUUUAUAAAAUCAAAACAAUGCUUGCAGAUAAGGAUGGGCGAAUGAAUCCACCAAAGGCAUUGCUAGCCGGGAGUCUUGGUGGAAUGGUUGCAACUGUUGUGACAUACCCGACAGACAUGGUUAAAACGCGAAUGAUUGUGCAGACUACAGAUAGAAGGAGGAGGCGAUAUAAAGGAAUCCUGCAUGCAUUUAGGUUAAUCUUGAAGGAGGAAGGACUGCUAGCUUUCUACAAGGGUCUCUUCGUUUCACUCCUAGGUGCCGUACCUUUCAGUGCAGGUACUUUCUUAUUUUACGAGAUUAUAGACUCCUUAUGGGAAACACCACGCUACAUGCUGAGCCCUCUGCAUCAUUUCUGUACCGGUUGCCUAGCAGCAGCAUUUGCACAGACGUUAUCCUUCCCAUUUGACACCAUCAGGAAAAAGCUACAGGCCCAAAGUGCUGUGAUGAAAAAUGGAGGUGGUGUGGACGUCCAUCCAUUCAGGGGGAUGGUACAAGCUUUUCGCAAGACGACUGAUAUGUAUGGUACCAAAGGGCUAUGGAGGGGUAACACAGCAAAUCUUUGUAAGGUUGUUCCCUAUGCAGGGUUGAUGUUCAUGACAUUUGAAGCCUGUAAGAAGAGCUUCCUCUUCCAGAACGGCUACACCCAAUCUCUACUUGAUGACACACCAAGACAAGGAAUCGAUCAAACCCUCAAGCCAGAUGAAGUUCCAAAAACAAGAUGAUGACACAAGCAGAUGGCUAGGUAUACCCAGGGUGUAGAUGGGUGGUGAUCAAUCACACAUUAUAGAACGCUGAAGGCGUAAGAUGGGUAACUCGGGCGGAAUGUAAUGUGUGCACAGGACGCUUUUUCAGUAAGCAACUCCCUUUGAUGCAACAAUACACCAGUGCAGACAAUGACAAUUGCUAUCAAUGAUGACUAAACAUUUGCUAGCUGAAAUGUGUUUUUCACUUUCCAACAUCAGUGGGUUGAGCUCCAGUCCUUUGGCAUUAUUUGGUGGUAGAGCUGAGACCUCUGGAAUGUAGCUUCAAUCUUACUUUUAAAUGUGGAUUGGUCAGUAAAAUGUGUACUGAUCCGGAUGUACAUGGAAUGAGAACCAUCAUUAUAAAAUACAUUUAAAAUCGUUUAAUCUGAAAGUUUGAAACAUUUGCAAAGUUUCUUUAUUUGCUUUUGUGUACACUUUAUUGAUCAUGAAAUCUGGUUGGUGCUAUACCCCCCCCCCCCCUUUCCAUCCGUAUUCUACAAUGUAGCUUUGGAACAGCAACCCAAUUUAUUAAUAGCAUACUAUCAGCAUGCCAUUAAAAGCAGAAGAUUGUUAGAUGUUGACGUAUAGAAUUAUAACUUCCCUUCAUAGUGGAUAGGUAUUCAUUAACAAGUCGGAAUGAGUUGAAAACUAAAGACUUCCUCACAAAAUGUGGCAAUUGAUUAUUUAUUUUACUCU